AUGUGUGAGAGUAAAAGCAGGAAACGGGUCAGAAUCUCAGAGCCUGCUCUGAAGAGCAGGAGGCUCCAGGAAGCCCUAAGGGUAGACAGUAGCAAUAGUGACUGUGAGGAGACUCUGAUCUUCCUUAAGGAGAGGCUGGGCAGCUUCAGCAGGGAGCUCUUACAGGCAAAACAGGAUCUUCAAGAUCUGCUCAUCGCCAAAGAAGAGCAAGAAGACCUCUUGAGAAAGCGGGAACGUGAACUCACUGCCCUGAAGGGGGCCCUGAAAGAAGAGGUUUCCAGCCAUGACCAGGAGAUGGACAAACUGAAGGAGCAAUAUGACGCUGAGCUGCAGUCCCUGAGGGAGAGUGUGGAGGAAGCAACCAAGAAUGUCGAGGUCCUGGCUAGCCGGAGCAACACUUCAGAGCAAAACCAGGUGGGGGCUGAAAUACGCGUGAAGGCUCUGAAGGAGGAGAAUGAGAAGCUGCAGGGAAGAAUUGGAGAACUGGAGUGGAGUGUCACUCAGCUUCAGAGGCAGAUUGAUGGCAUGAAAGAGGACAAAGCCAAGGUGAAGGAGACGCUCAGGAAGUACGAGGGAGAAAUACAACAAUUAGAGGAGGCCCUCGUGCAUGCCAGAAAAGAAGAAAAAGAAGCUGUGUCAGCCAGAAGGGCCCUGGAGAGUGAACUGGAGGAUGCUGAGAGAAAUCUGAGUCGGACCACCCAGGAGCAGAAGCAGUUAUCUGAGAAGCUGAAAGAUGAGAGUGAGCAGAAGGAGCAGUUAAGAAGGCUGAAGAAUGAGAUGGAGAAUGAGCGGUGGCACCUUGACAAGACCAUUGAGAAACUGCAGAAGGAGAUGGCAGACAUUGUUGAGGCGUCCCGCACAUCCACCCUGGAGCUUCAGAACCAGUUGGAUGAGUACAAGGAGAAAAACCGCAGGGAGCUUGCAGAAAUGCAAAGGCAGUUGAGGGAGAAAACCCUGGAGGCAGAAAAGUCCCGACUGGCAGCCAUGAAAAUGCAGGAUGAGAUGCGUCUGAUGGAGGAAGAGUUACGGGACUACCAGAGAGCUCAGGAUGAAGCCCUCACAAAAAGGCAGCUCCUGGAGCAGACACUGAAGGACCUGGAGUAUGAACUGGAGGCCAAGAGUCACCUCAAAGAUGACCGCAGCAGACUGGUCAAGCAGAUGGAGGACAAGGUGUCUCAACUGGAGAUGGAACUGGAAGAAGAAAGAAACAACUCGGAUUUGCUGUCUGAGAGGAUCACUAGGAGCAGGGAACAGAUGGAGCAGGUGAGGAGCGAACUGCUUCAGGAGAGAGCUGUGAGGCAAGACCUGGAGUGUGACAAGAUUUCCCUGGAGAGACAGAACAAGGACUUAAAGAGCCGGAUUAUCCACCUGGAAGGCUCCUACAGGUCCAGCAAAGAGGGGCUGGUGGUACAGAUGGAGGCUAGGAUCGCAGAGCUGGAGGACCGCCUGGAGGGUGAGGAGAGGGACCGGGCCAGCCUCCAGCUCAGCAACCGGCGGCUGGAGCGGAAAGUGAAGGAGCUGGUGAUGCAGGUGGACGAUGAGCACCUGUCACUGACCGACCAGAAGGACCAGCUGAGCUUGCGCUUGAAAGCAAUGAAGCGGCAGGUGGAGGAGGCCGAGGAAGAAAUCGACAGACUGGAAAGUUCGAAAAAGAAGCUGCAGAGGGAGCUGGAGGAGCAGAUGGAUGUGAAUGAGCAGCUGCAGGGGCAACUCAACGCUGUGAAGAAGGACUUAAGACUUAAGAAGCUGCCGAGUAAAGUGCUGGACGACAUGGACGACGAUGACGACCUCAGCACGGAUGGGGGUAGCCUCUGUGAGGUGCCCCUGAGCUUCACCUUCUCCAAGGACAGCUCUGCUGCCAGCCAGAUCUGAGUCCUCUGAAGGGCUGUCAAAACGGCCUCACUCCUACAGGACGGUGGGAAGCCCAGAGCAGGAGGCAGGAAGGGAGUGUCUGUCUGCCUUGGGGACCCACUGCCUCCUCUUCACACAGCAUGCCAAUCCCCCAGUGUUACAUUCCUCGCUCGUGUCUCUCAGUGGGUCCAGACAGUCAGCGACUGCAGUUUAAAAUGUUGGAAUG